CGCCUAAAAGUGCCACUUCCAUGAGCAAAUCAGGAUCACUUAUCAGUUUAUCACUCGGACGCUCGACAGCCGACAGACUCGACUUCACGUAAACAUAAUAAUUAGAGUAUAAUAAAUCGCCAUAUCUACCGAAGGUUAAGGAACCUAUUCCUGUGACGUCUGAAAUGAGAGGAUUUAAUAGUCCUUUGGGUUCACAUUGUGAUCAUUAUUUGGAAUAUGAUUGGUAUGUACUCCUUCGACAAAUCUUCCGAUGAUGUCUUUAAAAUCAUAGAAGAUACUAAGUGUGUCAGCUUCCUAGGUCCAGGUGAAAAUCACGUGUACACCUUUAACUCAAUGCGUGAAUUCAUUCAUAAUUAUGAGGAUAAUUAUUUGCAUGAAGCAUUUGAUAAAUUUAAAAAAACUCACAAAAAUGACUUGGAUUAUGUGUACGCAAAGAUUUAUUUAGACAAAAUAUUAGAUUUAUCCAUUUUACAAAUCGUACCAAUUUAUCAGUUAGGUGUUAAUCAUUUAGUGGAUCGUAGCGAUAGCCUUAAAUUAAAGGCUCUACAUGGCAAGCAAUACACUCCAGGCUACAAUAGUGGAGCACCAUUCCCACAUGACAUCGAAAACGAAAUCGCAGAUGCUCGCGAAGUUUAGAUUGAAGGCUGUAUGGUGCUGUAACGCCAGUCAAAGAUUAGUCUGUUUGCAGUUCUUGUUGAAGUUUUGGUAUCACUGGUGUGGUAAAAGGUAGAAGAAAUAUAUCUGGCGGGAGCCGCUACUGCGUCUCCUGAUAAGCUAUAUUAAAUUAGUACGUCUAUCUCAACAGAUAACCAGUUCGUGAAAUAAAAAAAUUUACUUUUUUCUAUUUGAUCAA